AUGGCUUCACCAACACCAAACAGAAAGGACAACCUUGCGGCUCAUUGGAAGUGCCUUGCAGCAUGCACCCUCAUGUCCAUGUGCCCGUUCCAAUAUGGAGUAGACUUCGGUAUCAUUGGCAGUCUUCAGGCAAUGAAGGGAUUCUUGGAGGUCUUUGGGCAUGAAGACCCAUUGUCCCCCACCGGAUGGAAUAUCUCGCCCGGCCGCCAACAAUUGAUCUCAUCCUUGAUGAUUCUCGGGGCUUUCCUUGCCUCUAGCGCAGCUGGCCCCAUCGCUCUCUAUCUGUCACGGAGGUGGUCUAUCUGGUCUGCAUGUGUCUUGUGUAUCGUUGCCAAUGUCAUCAUGAUGACCACGGAUAAGAUUGGCGGCCUGUACGCUGGUCGCCUUCUCAUUGGUUUAGCUAACGGUCUUUUUAUGACAUUCGCCCAACUGUACUUGCAGGAAGUGGCACCAGCAAAGUAUCGAGGUCUUGUAAUUGCAUCCUUUCAAACAUGGGUCUCACUUGUCAUCGACAACGGUACAAAAUCCAUCCCAUCAAAGCAAGCUUAUAUCAUACCUCUUGGUAUUGUUUACGUUAUUCCCGGGCUUGUGUCCAUCGGCUUGCUCUUCAUCCCCGAAUCGCCCCGAUGGCUAUUGCAAAUGGAUAGAGAAGAGGACGCACGGAAAGCUCUCAAAUGGCUGAGACCAUUUCCCGAACUUGUGGAUGCUGAAUUCGCGGAAAUGAAAGCUGCAAUCGACGCCGAGAAGCUCCUUGCGGUUAACACUGAAAUUAUUGACAUCUGGCGCAAUCCGAUUGACCGCCGUCGAACAUUUCUAGCUGUUGGUGCUGUCACUCUUCAGGCUGCUUCUGGUGCCAUGUAUAUGAUCUCUUACGGAACAUACUUCUUCCAAAUGGCUAAGGUCGGAUCUCCAUUUAUGAACUCUUGUAUUUUGACCGCCGUGGGAGUUGUCGUCAUCAUUAUCAACAGCUGUAUCAUUACCAAAUGGGGCCGUCGCAGAGUCUUCCUCGUCAAUGGAAUGCUUAUCUGUGGCCUCUGCCAGCUAAUCGUUGCUGCUAUAUACACUACUCAUCCAGGCACACUUGCAACUGGGAAGGCCAUCGUUGGCAUCUCAGUCCUCUACAUCAUGGGCUAUAACGGAAUGGUCUCCUCCUACGCCUGGCUCUGCGGCGGAGAAUUCCCCUCCCAACGCCUCCGAUCCUUCACCUUCGGCAUCGCCGCCUCAGUCGGCUUCUUCGGCGCCUGGCUCACCACCUUCACUGCCCCAUAUUUCAUCAACCCCGAUGCGCUCAACUGGGGUCCCAAGUACGGGUAUAUCUGGGCACCAAGUUGCAUUAUUGGUGCUCUUUGGACAUACUUCUACCUCCCUGAGGUCAAGAACCGCACUUUCGAAGAGAUUGAUGAGAUGUUCAUGGCCAAACUUCCAGCUCGCAAGUUCCGCGGAUACAAGUGUGUCGGUCCCGCUGUCUUUGCUGUUGAUGAGAAGAAUCAGACCAGAGUCUCUGUCGAGGAAGUUGUUUGGACGAACCCGCAUGCAGUCGCGGAGACUACGACGAAUGUGAAAUAA